AACCACUAACUAGCAAAGUGGCAAUAAACAUUGAAUUCAUCGGUGCUCUGCCCAGCAAUCUGCAUCGUUUUCAUCGAAACAACGCCAACACCACCCCCGCCCGCCCUCUUCGUCCUCGGCCGUCUGCCACCGUCAUCCACCAUGCAGACUAUUCAAACCCCUCCUCUCCGACCAUCUCCACUGGACCCUCUUCGAAAACCCACCUCACAUUUCCUCUCAAUCACCCGAAAACCACCCGCCUCUGUUUCCAGAAGGCUCCCAUUCGUCUCCGCCUCUGCCUCCGCUUCCACCGUUUCAGCUCCCAAGCGGGAAAAAGACCCCAAGAAGCGGGUUGUCAUUACUGGGAUGGGAUUGGUUUCCGUCUUUGGUAAUGAUGUGGACGCGUAUUACGAGAAAUUGCUCGCAGGAGAGAGUGGCAUUACGGCCAUUGAUAGGUUUGAUGCGUCCAAAUUUCCGACGAGAUUUGGUGGGCAGAUAAGGGGAUUCAAAUCUGAAGGAUAUAUAGAUGGGAAGAAUGAUAGGAGGCUUGAUGAUUGCUUGAGGUACUGCAUUGUUGCUGGGAAAAAGGCUCUAGAAAAUGCCGAUCUCGCCCCUGAUAGAAUCGGCAAGAUUGACAAGGAGCGAGCUGGUGUUCUUGUUGGAACAGGGAUGGGUGGUCUUACAGUGUUCUCCGAUGGAGUUCAGGCCCUAAUAGAGAAAGGUUACCGGAAAAUUACUCCCUUUUUCAUACCUUAUGCCAUAACAAAUAUGGGGUCUGCCUUGCUUGCCAUUGAUCUGGGUUUUAUGGGACCAAACUACUCAAUUUCAACUGCUUGUGCUACCUCAAAUUAUUGCUUCUAUGCGGCUGCCAAUCACAUCCGCAGAGGUGAGGCUGAUAUGAUGAUUGCUGGUGGAACUGAAGCUGCCAUUAUUCCUAUUGGAUUGGGAGGUUUCGUUGCAUGUAGAGCUCUAUCUCAGAGAAAUGACGAUCCAAAAACUGCCUCUAGACCUUGGGACAAAGCCCGAGAUGGUUUUGUUAUGGGUGAAGGUGCUGGAGUCUUGGUGAUGGAAAGUUUGGAACAUGCAAUGAAACGGGAUGCACCUAUAAUUGCUGAGUACUUGGGUGGUGCUGUAAACUGUGAUGCUUAUCACAUGACUGAUCCACGAUCUGAUGGACUGGGGGUAUCAUCAUGCAUCCAAAGUAGCCUUGAAGAUGCUGGUGUUUCUCCUGAGGAGGUCAACUACAUCAAUGCUCAUGCUACUUCCACCGUCGUUGGUGACCUAGCUGAGGUGAAUGCUAUUAAGAAGGUUUUCAAGAACACUUCAGGGAUCAAAAUGAAUGCAACUAAGUCAAUGAUAGGGCACUGCCUUGGUGCCGCUGGUGGCUUAGAAGCUAUUGCAACGGUGAAAGCUAUCACAACUGGCUGGGUUCAUCCUACUAUCAAUCAAUUCAAUCCAGAGCCUGCAGUUGAGUUUGAUACAGUACCAAACACAAAGCAGCAGCAUGAAGUCAAUGUUGCCAUUUCAAAUUCAUUUGGAUUUGGUGGACAUAACUCUGUGGUUGCCUUUUCAGCAUUCAAGCCCUAAAUCAUCUCAUUUGUAAUCUUGUUGCAAAUGCAAUCUUGCUCAUCGAAGUUCCAUUUUUCCCUUGCUGGAGAAUGUCAAGCAAUUCCCAACAUGUAAUGAUUUUGAGUUAAUUAGUUAAGAGUUAAGACUUCAUUUAUCAGUAGAUGGAUAUAAACUUCUGCGGGAGGUUAGUUUUGAGGUGUAAUCAGUUUUGAACUAUGUAGUAGUAAGCGAUGCUGUGCACUUAGUUCGAGGACUUUGAUCUGACAUCUUAGUUUAAGAAUCCUCUUUUUUCCGUCACUCCCGUUCCCUGAAGCGAAAACAGAGGGAAGGUGCGAACAGACUCAUGCUACCAAUUCGUGUGGGUAAAGAUGAAAGCAAACAUGUUUCAUUUGUGUGCUU